AUGCGUUCCGUCGCUAUCCUCCUUCCCGCGCUCGUCGCCGCUAGCCCCAUCGCUCAGGUCGUCGGCAACGAUGGCUGGGCCGAUGCCCCGGACCCGAAGGACAUCCAGAUCGUCGCCGCCACCUUCUCCGGCAACGGCUGUCCCCAGGGCAGCGUCUCCACCAACAUCUCGCCCGACAAGACUGUCAUCACCUUCGGCUUCGACAAGUUCCAGACCUACAUCGGACCCGGCAUCAGCCCCAUUGAGAAGAGCAAGAACUGCCAGCUCCACUUGAGCCUGAAGUACCCCGGCGGUUUCCAGUUCUCCGUCCUCGAGAGCACCUACCACGGCUACGCCCAACUGGAGAAGGGCGUCACCGGCAACUUCUACAGCACGUACUACUUCAGCCAGGACGCGCAGGCGACGACCACCACCCAGACCUCCAUCACCGGCGGCGGCAUCUGGGAGCAGGGUCAGGUGUACACCAAGGCCGACCAGAUCCCGACGGCCAGCUACAUCUUCUCGCCCUGCGGCGCCAACGGCAUCCUCAACAUCAACAACCGCAUCGCCCUCACCAGCACCAACUCGUCCGCCAGCGGUCUCAUCACCGACGACGAUGCCACCGUCGCUUUCACCCAGCAGGUCAACAUUGCCUGGCGCUCGUGCCGCUAA